UUCAUGAACACGCUCAUUCCCAAUAUUCUAGAAUUCGUCGCACUGCCUUUGUACGGUCUCUCUGUCUUUUGGGUUCAUGUAUACAUGGACCAAGCCAACCGGUGCAGGGUCUUGGAAAGCAUGCAAUAUAUGGCCGGAUAGCGAUCUGGACACUACUUCCCAAGGGUUGAAUAUACGCAUUGGACUGGUAAUACCUGCCUAUCUGACCGGAGAGCAUGACCGACGUUGCAGAUGGCGCAGGUACAAGAAGGCGGGUGCCGCCACGGUCGCAUUCCAACUUCGCUGCACGCACUGCGAGAGAUGAUGCCGCCCAGCUAGACCGGAACUCGACUGUGUUCCCGUCACCAUCCAAUGAAGAAACACCACUUCUGGCUCAGUAUGCACGCUUGCACACGCAAGAUGGAACCCAGGGCGCGGGGCCGGCGCAAGAACGGGAUCAUGGAACUGAUUCUAUGAGGGGCUGGUUUUCCAGAGCCUGGCGCUCCGCUCUUUUCCACCACAAUGACGAUUCCCCCGAAAGCAAACGAGCACAGUCCGCGAAACCACGUCCUGGCGCUUUCCCAAGGCCUGUUGGAGGUACAACUAAGCUUGGGACCUUCAAUGGCGUCUUUGUUCCCGUAACUCUAAAUGUCCUUUCUAUUCUGAUGUUCUUGCGUUUCGGCUUCAUCCUCGGACAGGCUGGUGUUCUUGGCAUGUUGGGUAUGCUCAUUUCGUGCUAUGCUAUCAAUCUUUUAACAACCAUGUCAAUCUCCGCUAUAGCUACGAACGGCACAGUAAGAGGCGGAGGUGCUUACUAUCUGAUCUCGCGCAGUUUGGGCCCAGAGUUUGGGGGUUCAAUUGGCAUUGUCUUCUAUCUCGGCAUGGUAUUCAACACGAGUCUGAACGCAGUCGGUCUCAUUGACUGCUUCAUAGACAACUUUGGGCUCCAUGAUGGCAGCUGGGCGCACUGGAUGCGUCAAGGCUUCUGGUGGCAGUACAUUUGGGCCACCCUCGUACUGAUUGCGUGCACGUGCAUAUGUCUGGCCGGUAGCGGAAUUUUUGCUCGGUGCAGCAAUGGUUUGCUGGUGAUUCUCCUCCUUGCCACCUUCAGCAUUCCCUUCUCUGCUUUCGUCGUAAGCCCCUUUGAGAAUCGGACACAAGGCAUCAGGUACACUGGCUUGAGUUGGGACACUUUCCGGGGAAACUUGAUGCCACGCUUCACACGCGGAGCAGCUGGCAGUCAAAUCAAUGGCAAAGAGAAUUUUCAGGACCUGUUUGGCAUCCUCUUUCCAGCAACGGGUGGUAUUUUUGCCGGUGCCAGCAUGUCCGGCGACCUUAAGCAUCCGAGCAAAGCAAUCCCUAAAGGCACGCUGAGCGGCCUUGCCCUUACCUUUUUCUCAUAUGCAAUCGUAAUCCUCGCAAUGGCGGCGACCACCACUCGAGCAUCAUUUGUCAACAACACUAAUGUCAUUCAACUUACGAAUUUAUCCGGAGUUGUCAUAUUAUUAGGAGAGUUUGCGACCUCGGCCUUUUCCGUCCUGAUGGGCGUAAUUGGCUCGGCCAAGUUGCUCCAGGCAUUGGCUCGCGACCAUCUGAUACCGGGACUCUCUAUAUUUGGUCAAGGGACACGGAAGUCUGACGACCCGACAUACGCCAUCUUUCUCACAUACCUCCUCGCUCAGCUCACCAUGCUUUCCGAUAUCAACCAGAUUGCGUCAUUCAUUACGAUGACUUAUCUCAUGACCUUUCUGGUCACCAAUCUUGCCUGUUUCCUUUUGAAGAUUGGGUCAGCCCCUAACUUCCGUCCAUCCUUUCAUUUCUUUAACUGGCAGACCGCAGCAAUUGGGGCAGUUGCCAGCGGUGCCACCAUGUUCUUCGUGGAUGGCAUCUACGCAUCUGGCUGCGUUGCUCUGCUGAUGGUCAUCUUUUUGCUCAUUCACUACACCACACCCCCGAAGCCCUGGGGAGAUGUGAGCCAAAGCUUGAUUUAUCAUCAAGUGCGCAAAUAUCUGCUUAGACUUCGUCAAGAGCACGUCAAGUUUUGGAGACCGCAGAUUUUGCUCAUCGUCAACGAUCCCAGACGGCAGUACAAGCUGAUUCAAUUCUGCAACUCAUUGAAGAAAGGCGCUUUAUUCGUUUUAGGGCACGUCAUCGUAUCUCAGGACUUUGCCUCUGCGGUACCAGAAGUGCGGCGACAGCAACAAGCUUGGACGAAGUACAUCGAUUUUUCCAGGAUCAAGGCCUUCAUCAACAUUGUUAUUUCGCCUGCUGUGGAAUGGGGUGCUAGAAACAUUGUUCUUGCUGCUGGACUUGGGGGUAUGAGGCCGAAUAUUGUUGUCAUGGGAUUCUACAAUCUUGGGGAGUUGAGAGACUCGAGAGUGGUCGACGUGCCCUCCUCUCAGCCAUCUCGUCCUGCUAAUAAAGCGCAGAAUCCUCCCACGGUACAGACUGUAGGUGCAGCCGCUAACCGGCGAGCUCCGGACAGACCGGCAAGCGCUCUUCCCACGGAUUCCAUUAAGUUAGAAAAUGCAUUGUCUAUCCAAAGUUACGUCACGAUCGUUGAAGAUCUCAUUCUUCGGCUCCAAAUCAACGUUGCCAUUGCCAGAGGGUUCCAGGAUCUGGAAGUUCCAACACCCAAGCUUUCUAGGAGGCAAAAGCUUCUCAGUGUACUUGGACUUGGAAAGCCCGAGGAAGAACCGUCCAAGAGGUACAUUGAUAUGUGGCCCAUUCAGAUGUCCGCCGAGAUCGCCACAGCGGGAGACGAUCCAACGCAAAAAAGUGCGCUUACUACCAACUUUGACACCUAUACGUUGAUUCUACAACUCGGCUGUAUACUGAACACUGUUCCUUCCUGGAAGCGCACGUACAAGCUACGCGUCUGCGUUUUCGUCGAGUAUGAGAGCGAUGUGGAAGAAGAGCGAGGUCGCGUCACCACGUUACUCCGGAACCUCAGAAUAGAAGCAGAGGUACUGGUAUUCUGGCUAGCAAGUGGCGAGUUAAAGAUGUACGAGGUAAUCAUUAAUGGAAGUCAAGCGGAGGACUGCAUGCAGGCGAGGACCGAUGCGAAUGAUGCACUUCAAGAGGAAGAAUGGUGGAAAGACAUGCAGCGUCUGCGCCAGACUGGCGACAUCAGUUCAAGUGAAGAGUUAACAAAUGCCAAAGGUCUUCUCGAGAGGGUCAAUAAUUGGCCAGCGGGGAAUUUUCAGUUUGGCAGAACGGACUCCAAACCAAGGCGAUUUGCCCAGCUUCGAAACUUCGUACGAAGGAAACACAGAACAUCAGUGGCUAGUGUUCUUGAAGCCGGCUUGAAAAUGGGCAUGCGUAGUCAACUGCUUCCAGCGCAUUUUCUGUCGGACAGCGACUCUUCGUCUAGUGAAGAAGGGAGCGAUGCACUUGAUGAAGCAGUACACACGGACAGUGAACCAGCAACAGACAACGGCCUGGCCGAGUACGACCUUGACGCUUCGGAUGAGGAGCAGUCUGACAGUCCAUCUACUGGGACUGGAAGAGCUAGGAGUACGAGUGCCACGAUGGGAAGCGUACCUUUCAUCGGUAAAAGACUCAGCCUGCGGAAAUCCUUGUUCAGGGACGAGCAGGGCUAUCAAAAACAAAGGCUGGAAGUGGGUACGCCAUCUUCAAGCCGCGCCACCGUAUCGGCAUCCCACACAGCGCUUCUUGCCUCCAAAGCUUCACCUAGCAUUUCUUCCGCCUCCCUAUCGUCAGGGUCGAAAGCUGCGGCUACGCCUCGUCCCAUCCGGCAACAAUCGAUGCCCAAGUUCACAUCGAAACCGCAUCCUCUCAUAGCCGCCGCGCCUGAGGAGACAGCUGAGUCAUCGGUCAUGUUUGUUGAAUCUCCAUCCGCAGAAGCAGCCAGAAAGCAAGAUCCAAUGACAGCCUACAUUCCAGUAGAACCCAGACCUGGCAUAACGCCCGCACAUGCCUCAUCGCCUGCUCCUACAAUGCAAACCGGCCAAGCCGGUGACGGCAUAAGUCAAGCUCAAGCUCAAGCUCAACCCGCAACUGGCUAUCCUCUCCAAAGUGCCAUCCCUCUCUCCUUCAAUGACCUCCCCUGCCGCGCCCAACAUCUUAUUCUGAACGAGCUGAUUCGUCAGAACUCGGAAGACACCGCCGUCGUGUUCACAACGCUGCCGAGUCCUGUUGAGGGCACGUGCGAGAGCGAGACGGAGAGUGUCAAGUAUAUCAGUGACUUGGAGGUGUUGUGUUUGGGGCUGCCGCCGGUGCUAUUGGUGCAUAGUAAUAGUAUGACGGUGACCAUGAAUCUUUGAGGGUGCUUGGUGAGGGUGGGGGGACGUCGAGGUUUGUGGGGUCAAGCAGGGCCAGGGUUGGCUCAUGAUGAUGGCUUAGGUGUUUUGUUCGGGGCUCACGACGAGAUCGCAAUACGGUGAUGCUUGUUUACCCGACUUUCGACUAUGGUCGUCGUACCAGUAGACUCCGUUUCGUCCUGUCUCUGCUUCCU